CAGAGACUGCCCAAGUUUUCAGGCUUCUUAAGUAAUGAGAAUUAUUCAGUUAAGUGAAGCUGAAUCCUGUAACAAUAAGAACAUCUCACAGGGUUUGCAUCUGAGAGGGAGUAUGACUUCUGCAACGUCACCUAUCAUUUUGAAAUGGGACCCCAAAAGUUUGGAAAUCAGGACCCUCACAGUGGAGAGGCUGCUGGAGCCACUUGUUACCCAGGUGACAACGCUGGUGAACACGAGCAAUAAGGGACCGUCUGGCAAAAAGAAAGGGCGCUCUAAGAAGGCCCAUGUUUUGGCUGCCUCGGUGGAACAGGCCACUCAGAACUUCUUGGAGAAAGGAGAUCAAAUUGCUAAGGAGAGCCAGGAUCUCAAGGAGGAGCUGGUCGCUGCUGUGGAGGAUGUCCGAAAACAAG